GGUGGAACUAAGUGAGUAAGUAGGUAGGCAAGUAAGUAAGUAAGUAAAUACUCAACUACAGCACUCUGAAAGCCAUUGAAUCGAGCUAUUAUCUCAGAGUCAUCUGGUCUGGCGUGUUGGCUGAUCGGUUUGUUCAAUUCGACUGGCAAUUCUAUAAAGAUCUAGUGGUGCACAUUUUCCAGAUUGAAAAAGAUUCCACUGGUUAACCUAAAAUUUGUAAGCAUGUACUGUUCGGCCACCUAAUGCAACUUCAAAAAAGUUUAUCUGGACGAGUGCUCUGCUGCCAUGGGGUUCUGUAAGCAUCUGCUGCGUCAACCGCCUGUGCCUUUUUCUCUGGCUGUGCUAAGUUGUCCCUCUAUCCACAGAGACUCCUCCUCCUCCUCCUCCUCCGCCACCGCCGCCUCCCCCCUCCGCGCCCCGCGCUUGAAUGGCAGCGACACUGUGCUUACUCCAAUAAUUGUGUGACCAAUCGUCCCCAUCUCCGAAAUCAGAAAUGGGCAAAUUUCAAAUUUCACAACCAUCAACCUUAAUCUAAAUCCGAAUUCAUAUAACCAUUAUAUAUUUGCUGAUUUUAAUACAAAUUUGCCUAGAAAUUUCGUAAAUGUAUAUUUCUUUAAAAAAAAAAAAGCUACAGAUUUAACUCGACUGCCGGUACUCUCGCAGGCUACUAUAUGUCUAUUAAUUAUCGUAUAUAUGUCUUAUACCCAGCAUAAAGCAAAAGUCCCAAUAUCGUAAAUAUAAACGAAUAGAUAAUCAUCGAGUCCUUAAAUGACUCAACUUGAAAACAACUGAUUAUAAUGUUUUCCUUUUCCUUUUCACUGUUUUCAUGUUUGCUAUUCUUAUUUUCAUCGUUGUUGUUCACCGCCACCACACACAAGUUUUCAUCCUGACUAAGACAGAACUCUCGCGUGCAUAGCCCACAUUUUUCAAUUUCUUUGAUGAUUGAAUUCUGAUUACAGUCACAUCGACAAUACAACUGGUACCCACAGCAUAUAUUUAGUAUAAAUGUGAAUACUAACAAGGAAGAAACCUUCAUUUAUAUAUAUAUAUCUCCCUCUCCCGCUUUUAGCACAACCGGUACCUCCAAUGUACCCC